AUGACCGAUAGAAACAGUUUAAGAGUUCCACCAAUGAGGGGCCCACCUAACUCUUCUUCUAGAAAGCCUCUUCUAGAAACAUCUCUUUCAGCGCCAGGCGCUGGACCAAGAAGACAAAAGAUUGGACUGAAACCGGGACAUUCUGCCAUGGAUUGGGCGCAGUUGAAGCAGAAUAAAGGAAACGCAUUGAAAGGCAAUAUCGAUCCUUCUCAUUUUCCUCUCAGAGUUACCAAAGAGGAAUUAAAACGACAUAACUCAAGAGAUGACUGUUGGGUAGCUUUGAACAGAAAAGUGUACAACAUUUCUCCAUAUUUAGACUUUCAUCCAGGAGGUGUGGAUAUUCUAAUGAAGUGUGCCGGAAAAGACGGUACCCUUCUAUUUCAGAAAUACCAUCACUGGGUCAACGCGGAUAGAAUUUUAGACUCUUGUUGGGUAGGAAUCAUGGUGUAA